CCUCCGCCAUCUUGUCCCGUUGCUCCCGAUGGAUCCGGGCCGUCCCGCCCGGCAGCGCGCUCCCGACUGCAUCCGCCGCCAGAAGCGCCGGGAGCUGGACGCGCGGCGCAGCAAGUGCCGGAUCCGCAUCGGGGGGCACCUGGAGCGCUGGUGCCGCCUCAAGGAGCAGCUCGGCUUCGCCCUCCAUUCCCAGCUUGCCCAGUUCCUCCUCGACAGGUACAGCUCCCACGGCUGCGUCUGGAGCCCGGGCGAGCCGGAGCCCGGCCUCCUCCACGCCGAUGCCCUGCAGCGCCUGGUGGUGCUGUCCCAUGGUCACGGCCAGGAAUGCGGCUUCAUUCCCGACGUGAAGCCGCCGGCUCCCGGCGGCACAUCCCAGCUCGUGUGGGAGUGCGUGGCCGGGCACAGCUUCUCCUGGGGGGUCCCCAUGAGCGGCCACCGCGGCGAGGAGCCGGGGGGGGACCCGGGGGGCAGGACCCCCGCGGGCAGCGGCCGCCGGCGCUCCCUGCGCCGGGCUGGGAAAGGGGAGGCUGAAGCAGAGGGAGAAGCUCCGUCGCCCGCCCGGGAGCGGAGGGAAGAGCCAGGAGUUGCUGGUGAUGCUGGUGAUGCUGGUGGCAGCGCAGCUCCCCAAGUGCCAGCAGAGAUGGGGACCAUGGUGAAGGAUAAUGAGAGUGCACUCGUCCCGGAGGAGAAGGUGGAGCAGGGGUCUGAGCCCCAGGAAGAAGAGGAAGAGGAGGAGGAGGAUGAGGAGGACUUUGCUGAGGACGAUGACCUGACCUACACCGAUGACCUGCGUGAUGAGAACUACCACCCGGCCCUGGACAGUGACUCGGAGCCGCAGCGACGACCAAGCCAGAGCAAAGCCCAUAAGAACCCCAUAAAGGAGGAGCAGCCCCCGGAUGAGCUGAGCCUGAGCAGCUCCAGCCCAUCGGAGGAGAAGAGUGGACGAGUGAGCUGCAAGAGGCGAGUGCGAGCGAGCGAUGAGGACGUGGCGCAGAUCGGCCCCAAAAGGAUCCGGAAGGCCGCCAAGCGCGAGAUCCUCCUGUGUGACUUCGAGGGAUGCGGCAAGAUCUUCUCCAACCGGCAAUACCUGAACCACCACAAGAAGUACCAGCACGUCCACCAGAAGACCUUCACGUGCUCGGAGCCGAGCUGUGGCAAGUCCUUCAACUUCAAGAAGCACCUCAAGGAGCACGAGAAGCUGCACAGCGACAAGAGGGACUAUAUCUGUGAGUUCUGUGCCCGCUCCUUCCGCACCAGCAGCAACUUGAUCAUCCACAGGCGCAUCCACACAGGGGAGAAGCCUCUGCAGUGCGAGAUCUGCGGCUUCACGUGCCGCCAGAAGGCCUCCCUCAACUGGCACAUGAAGAAGCACGACGCCGACUCCUUCUACCAGUUCUCCUGCGACCUGUGCGGCAAGAAGUUCGAGAAGAAGGACAAUGUCACAGCCCACAAGAGCAAGAGUCACCCCGAGGUGCCCAGCGGAGCCCCCCCCAGCGAGCGCCCCACAGCACCGACCCCAUCGCCCGGCGCUGCGACACCCGCAGGGCUGCAGCACCCACCAGCACCCGCAGCCAUGGAGCCGCUGGAAGCCACUGGGGACACGCUGGGGAGCGGGGGGGACGCGGUGAAGAUGCCACCUCCCGUUGCUGGGGGUCAGGAGGGGAUGGGGAUGCAGGAUGCGGGAGCAUCCCAAGGCCGGGCGAUGGAUGGUGCUGGCUCGUAGGACUCAUCCUCCUGUUCUUGGAUGGGGGGGACUGAUGAUGGAGAAGGGGAAGCGGUGCUGGAGCCCGCAGCAGUGCCAAAACGCCAAGGAAUGGGGAAGGAUCGGUGCUUCCCAAGGGAAUUCCCAGCUUCUCUGCCAAACCCUGGGCUCGCAUCCACGGAGCCUCCUCCCCGACUCCUUCCCACCGUGAGGGUGCCAAAGGCACCAGCAGCAUCCUCAAUAAAGACUUAUCCUGUGCCCAAGGGGGUGCCCCACUUGCAGCAGCCA